UGAGCGACUAAGUAGAAAUUCAAUGUGAUUGGUUCUUAUCUUUAGCUCCAACCAAUCACAUUAAAUUGCUGCUUAGCUAUGAGCGAACGUAGUACUGAAUGCACACAGAUAAAGCGAAUAUAAGCUUGUAAUGAAAUGAACGUUACGAAGGCAUACGAAGGUAAACAAUAUGGCCGACAUAUGAGACAUGUCGGUGUGCGAAAGCGACACUGCUUAAUAAAUCAAUAUUUAAGCUAUGCACAUUGUAAUGCUGUAUCUGUAUAGAUAUAUCAUUUAAAUGCGCGGAUCGAUUAAUUUCUCUGUCAGAGACAAAUUCUCUGCGUUACGAUGUCGUCGGAGAAGGUCCUUUAUCGAUUAGACCAACCCCAUGGCAGCGGUAACAUUUACAUUUCUUGGCGUCCCGGUAAUAGCACGCAUUUGGCCACAACAGGUUGCGAUUCCACUGUUGCCAUUUUUGAUAGGCAAGGAGAUAUUCAGGAGCGGAUACAAAUUCCUGGAUUAUGUAUGGGCUUUGGCUGGGACUCGGAUGGGGAUUUAUUGGCAAUAAUAUCACAAAAUUCAUCAACUAUAAUUUUAUGGGACGCCACCACUGGAAAAAAGUCCCAGAUAGACGCAGGUGUGAGAGAUGGGCUUACUUGUAUGAUGUGGGCGAAAAAGAGCUGUCUGCUGGCAAUAGGAACGCAGAAGGGAAAUCUGGUGCUUUAUGAUCAUAUAAAUGCCAAGCGAAUACCUAUUUUGGGAAAGCAUAGAAAACGCAUUAUAUGUGGUGCGUGGUCGGUAGACGGUCUUCUUGCCUUAGCAAGCGAAGACAGAGUUUUGACUAUCAGCACGAGCGAGGGUGAUACCCGUCGAGAGAUAACUCUUCAAGGCGAUCCGUCUCAUAUAAAAUUUAGCGAGAUGAAAAUGGAUCACAGAAUAGGCGGUGAAAACACGGUAUCCCUUAUUGUUAGCAAAACAACACUGUUUUUGUACAACAUUUUGGACCCAGAAAAUCCCAUUGAAUUGGCCUUUCAGAAACGUUACGGAUUAAUUGUAACUUAUGAAUGGUAUGGCGAUGGUUACAUUUUGGUAGGAUUCGAGGCUGGUUUCUUUAUAGCGAUAUCAACGCAUAUAAAGGAAGUCGGCCAAGAACUGUUUCAAAUCAAGAACCACAAAGAUUCUCUGACGGAUGUCGCGUUGAACCAAGCGGUCGCAAAAGUAGCCACUUGCGGUGACAAUACACUGAAAGUACACAGUUUGCAGAAUCUCGAGGAAACUGAGACGUUGAUCACAGUGACCAAUGAGAAUGGCAUUAGUAAUAUCGAAUGGUCAACAGAUGGAACGAUGCUAGCAGUUGUGACUUACAUGGGCAAUAUUUUAAUUUAUUUGAUAGAGAUUCCAAAAUUGAUGAGUGUUUGUGGCAACAGAAUAGCGUUAUUAACGAGCCUGACAGAAGUGGCUGUACAUCUUUAUACAUUAGACAAGGACAAACCAAUCCCACAAAUAAUCAACACAAUAAUAGAACCGGCAAUAUUAGCAGUGGGUCCAAUACAUUUAGCAGUAGGAUUAAAUAACAGAGCGCUCUUUUGGGAUUUGUCUACGAGUCAUUACGACAAAAUACAUUUCGAGCGAGAUUAUUUGGCUACGAUAGAUAGUAUGUGUUUAAACGAGAUAUAUAUAUCGGUGUUGUUCGAUGGAAAACUGCAGCUGCAUUCGAUUAAGACUGAUCAGGCUCUAAUAAAUGAUGGGAAGGAUACACUGAUGUUCCCAGAUUCAAAUUCUUCCGACAGUAGAAUAACGUGUCACGCUCUUUGCUCGGAUUUCCUGGUUUAUGGUAAUGACAUGGGUCAUGUUAUAUAUUUUUGCUUGGAAACGUUUCAUCAAUGUACCGAAUUUAUACAUAACAAUGGAAUAAAGGAGCUAUACUUGGAUGCGAAUGGAGUCCAAUUGUGCUUCGUUGACAACAAGUCAGAUGCUUAUGUGUUUGAUCCGAUAAACGAAGCGGCCAUUGCUGUGCCUGAUUGUCCUGAUAACAUUGAUGGUAUUCUCUGGGAUCAGAACAUAUUUGAACGUGUUAUAUUUGCGGUGUACAAUAAAAGCGUUAUUGUAACAUACAUUUUUGUAAAAUACUUUGUUGAAGGUACCAAAGUGAUAAAGAUAAGUACAACCAAGUUGCCAUCGGACUCAGUGCCUUUACUAAUGUACUCUGGCGAGGUAACGUUGAGUACAAUGGGUAGUAAAUUAAUACAAUUAACAUUAAUAUCCCACGAAGAUGUAGGGAAUAUUGUGGAACAGAAAAAAAUUAAUGAAAUUUUAGAUAAUCAGAUUUUGUGCAGACGAUUUCAGCAAGCUUGGAAUAGUUGCGAAAAAUUGAAUGAGAAGGAUGCAUGGUUAAGACUAGGACAGAGCGCCAUUGCAAAUUUAAAUGUCGAAUUUGCUAUUCGCGUGUAUCGGCAAAUGGAAGACGCAGCAAUGGUAUGGACGUUACAAAAUAUGGAGAACAUAGAUGAAUUGGCUUUGUUAUGCGGCCACGCGUGUAUAUUACUAGGGAAUUAUAAUGAAGCCGAAAAGUAUUUUCUGCAAUCUUCCGAGCCUGUGCAAGCCUUGUAUCUCAGGAGAGAUUUAAUGCAGUGGGAACAGGCGUUAAGUUUAGCGCAAAAAUUAAAACCCGAUGAGAUUCCUUUUAUCGCCAGAGAGUACGCCCAACAAUUGGAGUUUACGGGAAACUACCCAAAAGCUCUGACAAAUUAUGAACGUGGUUUAGCUGACAACACAUCUGCUUUGGUUGCGCAAAAUCCUCACCAUCGAACUCAAUGUUUAGCAGGAAUAGCGAGAAUGUCUAUAAGAUGUGGUGAUAGCAGAAAAGGCGUUGGGAUAGCUAUGGAUAAUGAUAGCUCGAGGCUCCUACGGAAAGAAUGCGCGGAGAUUUUAGAAUCAAUGAAGCAAUUUAACGAAGCUGCACAGCUAUAUGAAAAAGCCGAAUACUUUGACAAGGCUGCCUCUGCAUAUAUAAAAUUGAAAAAUUGGCACAAGGUAGGACAACUCUUACCACAAAUAUCAUCAGCGAAAAUUAACAUACAAUAUGCUAAAGCCAAAGAAUCCGAGGGUAAAUAUGAAGAAGCUGCCAAAGCGUAUGAAACCGCUAAAGAUUAUGAUAGCAUAAUCAGAAUUAAUCUGGAACAUUUAAAUAAUCCUGCUCGCAGUGUUGAAGUUGUCCAACAAACUAAAAGCAUAGAAGGUGCAAAGAUGGUUGCAAAGUAUUUCCAAAGGAUGAACGACUACAAUUCAGCUAUCAAAUUUUUAAUUCUGUCAAAUUGUCACGAUGAAGCUUUUCAAUUAGCCAAUCAGCAUGGCAAAAUGGAAUUGUAUGGAGAAAUAUUGGUGAAUACGAUCGAGGAUACUAAUGUUCGGAGAGAAGAUUUUAGAAGCCUUGCGAUGCAUUUCGAGUCUCAGAAAAAUAAUCUUUUAGCUGGGAAGUACUAUUUUCACUGUAAAGAAUAUCAGAAGGCUCUGAAACAUUUGUUGAAAGCUGCGCAAUUGGUUCCAGACGACGAUAGAGCGAUUACCUAUGCUAUAGAUGUUAUUGCAUCUUCCAAAGAUGAUAAAUUAGCUAAUCAAUUGAUAGAUUUCUUAUUAGGUGGCGAUGGAUUACCGAAGGAUCCGAAAUAUCUGUUUCGAUUGUACAUGGCUAGGAAACAAUAUAAAGAAGCGGCUAAGACGGCGAUUAUAAUUGCAAACGAGGAACAAGUUAAUGGAAACUAUAGAAAUGCUCACGAUGUAUUGUUCGGCAUGUACCAAGAAUUGAAAAGAAAUAAGAUUACCAUACCCUUGGAGAUGCAAACUAACUUAAGACUCUUGCAUUCUUAUAUUCUGGUGAGAUUACACGUGAAAAGAAGUGAUCAUUUGCGAGGUGCCCGGAUGCUUAUAAGGGUUGCCAACAACAUAUCGAAAUUUCCCUCACAUAUCGUGCCGAUAUUAACUUCAACCGUGAUAGAAUGCCACAGAGCAGGCUUGAAGAACGCGGCUUUCAAUUUUGCUGCUAUGCUGAUGCGUCCCGAGUAUCGGGGACAAAUCGAUGCGAAAUAUAGCAAGAAGAUCGAGGCGAUUGUGAGAAAACCGCCGAGAACGAAGGAUAUUGAGAACGAGGAUGAGCCUCUCACUCCGUGCCCAUACUGCAAGAGCAGACUUCCCGAGACUGAAGUGACCUGUGAUAAGUGUAAAAACACCAUACCUUUUUGCAUCGCGACGGGACGACAUAUCGUGGAAGAUGACUUUACGGUAUGCCCCCAGUGUGAUUUCCCAGCUAUCAGAAGUGAAUUUUUAAGAAUCGUGGAGUCCGAAGAGACUUGUCCGAUGUGCUCGGAAAGAGUAAAUUCCGAGACUGUGUCGUCUAUCACCGAUAUUCGUCCAUAUCUUGAAUAUCAGGAAGGAAAGACUAUCAUCAUAAAAGCUUAAAAGAUUACAAAAAUGUAAAAACAAUAUUUACAUAUUUAAGCAGACACAUUACAUUCGUUAAGUGGCAGCCUACAGUUUGACUCACACGAACUAGGAAUAGAAAGAUAGGUAUCUGUAUCUAUGUUGCACAAAUUAGAGGUGCCUUGUUAUUACCUCGGGCAAACACGACGUAGGAGGUAAACGUUGGUGCCUUUAUCUAUAGUAGCAGUAGUAGAUAGGCUAUUCCAAGAUUGGCUUGGAAGCGACAAAGCAUCAGUAUUCUUGAUACAACAGUGCCGUCCACUAUAAGUACAAUUUAUCCAAGUGGACCCUAUGAAGCGUUUGGUGGUCGGGAUGCCAGUAGGGCACUUGCAAGGUUUGCAGUGGAUGCCGCGACGGACAAAUACGACGAUUUGAGCGACCUGAACACCACAGAAAUGAAUUCUAUCAA